GGGUAAUUAUAGGUCCUCAAGCGCUCAAGGCCUCAUCGACAUCACCGAGUCCUGACAUUCACAACGAAAAGACCCCAGACUCUAUGCCACAGUAUAGUAAGGCUGACUUAUUGGGAAGGUCAGGUGGUCAAUUCAGGGUUUGAAGUAACGAGUAAGAUCCGACUGAUAACAGGCCCGGGAUACCAUGAACUCCUUUGCAGGAUUUGCCUAGUGCCCUCCUCUUAAACCACUACAUAUAAUUCUUCAACUCACUUCUGUUCUCCCACCAGAGUCAGACAUUUGAAAAGAUAUCAAUGGCAACAAGUCCAAGGCAGUCAGACCUCCUCCCCAUCACGCACACUCGCAUCGGUAUAUGGGACCUCUAUGAGAAACGUGGACACGGGUUGCCACGCAGAUCAGAUUUAUCGAUAUUGAAGACAUUUGUCCAGAUACGCAAUGAUACGCCCUACGUGGUCCGCAUGUUCAAGGAAAUACUCAACAUCAGACGAAACCGGAUGCUUAUUCCCGCAUUCUUGGUAGUGCGAGUCUUAGACUCCCUCAUACCCGCUGUUUCCCUGUGGUACGAUGGUCAAUUACUCCGACUUGUGGAGACUAUGAUGGAGACACCUACUGUCGACACAACAGUGGUCAUUCAUGUGGCGGUAGGCCGUGUUGCAUGCGCAGUCGCGUCGCACCUUCUCGGACAUAUCCAACGACGCAUCGAAAUCCCCAUAAACAUGUCCAUCAAACAAUUUUACGCUAGUGACAUCUUCCACUCGGUAGUCCGCCUCGACAUACCUACCUUUACAGACUCGGCUGUACAGAAGCAAUUCAAUUCUGCGACGAAUCAAAGGACCAUGGGCAUCAGCCCUGCAUGGGAAGUUUUUCGGAGGUUGGCGAGCCUCGCAACGACGACGACUAGUAUGCUCUCUCAGCUUUUUAUCCUGUUUACAGUCUUGCGGAGGCAGCAGGAUGGACCACUUCUUGUGAUUCUUGGCUUCUCGCAAUCUAUGCUUGGCUGGUAUAUGACACAACCAUCGAGGGACACCUUCCCUGGUAUGGGGGUUUGGGCCGCGACCACCACCAAUAAUGAUUAUAUUCGCAUGCAAGGCUUGAGUAUGCUCGGUUAUGACUAUUCACACCGCAAGGAGAUUGUCGCAGGUAACCUCGGCGAAUAUAUUGCUUCACAAUUUCGCGAAUCCGCCCAGCGCGUCGGCGACGGUGCGGCUGACUUUGACGAAGCGUAUGAAGCUCAUUCUAUGAGACCAUUCCCGAGCAUCAGCUCUUUCCUCCGUGAAACAAUGCACGAGCUGCCUGAGAUCGCUUUUAUGCUGAGCGUCGUGCGAAAGCCAACGACGGUCCCCCUCUCUUUUAUAUCACUCGCGCUAAUUGGACAUACAUCUAAUUCAUUCAUUUCGACACACGUCUCGCAGUCUGGAUUGUUUCAUCUUGCUGCAGCAUUUGCCGGCGUACGCAAUAUGUAUGAGCUCAAGAACGUGCGGAACAAAGUGGUGGAUGGCACAGAACGGUUCCCCGAGAACCAGCAGUCCCUCAGUAGUGGUAUUUCUGUUGAGUUCAGGAAUGUAUCGUUCCAGUACCCUGAUAAAGAGAGGUAUGCUCUCCGGAAUGUUUCAUUCAGGAUUGAAGCUAGUCAGCUUUGCGUAAUUGUCGGAGGGAAUGGCUCUGGAAAAAGUACAAUUUUGAAACUCAUCUCCCGCAUCUAUGACCCGACAGAGGGUACGAUUCUUAUCGAUAACCGCGACAUCAAAACCCUUAGACUUGCUGACCUCCGUGCUGCCAUAUCCAUCCUCUUCCAGGACUACACACACUUCCCCCUCUCGAUACGCGAGAACAUUGGACUUGGCAAUCCCGGCCUCGCACAAGAUUAUGACAAAAUCCGCGAAGCCGCCAAGAUGGGUGGCUCACGAGACUUCAUCGAGGAGCUCCCAGAGGGAUUCGACACCUACAUUGAUCGCCCUGUAGAUGACUACUACGCGGACUCCCCUGAAGGCGUUGCCAUUGACUACUCUGAUGUGCGUAAUGUGGGGGGUCUCCGUACGUCCAACGUUUCAGACCUCAGCGGUGGGCAAAACCAGCGGCUUGCAGUUUCACGCACAUUCAUGCGUUCCUUGGUUACCGAUAAAGAAUCUUCCGCUGGUAUGCUGUUAUUUGAUGAACCGAGCGCCUCCUUAGACCCUACAGCUGAAAAUGAUCUCUUCGAGAAUCUGCGAAAGUUGAAGGGUACCAAGACCAUGAUAUUCUCCACUCACCGGUUCGGGAACCUCACCCGACAUGCGGAUCUCAUUUUGUACAUGGACGAAUCCGUACAGGAACAAGGCACGCACGAUGAACUGUUGGGGAAAGGGGGAGAGUAUGCUCGUAUCUGGAAUCUACAAGCGAAACCUUUCCUUUAA